AUGAGGGAGAGCCAGCCGGCCACGCGCAUGAGCAUGUCGCUCAUGAACCAGAGCGAUCCGAACGGCCGCGAGCUGCGCCUGUGGCUGCUCUCGGCCACGACCCACCGCGGCGUGACGUACUACCGCAUCGCGGGGCGCUUCACGUCCACGGGCCAGACGUGGGAGGUGAGCCACCGCUACUCGGAGUUCCUCAAGCUGCGCGACCAGCUC